UCCCUCUGCUUUCAAACCAAACCCCUUCCCUCAUCUGCAGACCUGCUUUGCUCUUUUAUCUAACCUCUCUUACACCCACGCUACCUCUACCUAACCCCCACCCCCAAUCUCUUUCUUUGUAUUUAUUUCUCUUCUUAAUUCCUCUUCUUCUGUCACCCUCUAAUUGAACCUCGAUCGAUCUCUCCCCUGCUCUCACGCACACACCACUUUGAAACACAAGUUAAACAAACAGAUCAUUGCAGAUUACACGCCAUUCAAACGCCAUGGUUUCUGUUGUUUCUUCUAGUUCCAUUGAACCGCAGACCCAAGAUUUCUCUCCUAAAAUAUCCCACUCCCAAAACCAUGAAGCUUCUGAAACUGAUCGUGUGUUCAGAUCGAAGUUACCUGACAUCCCCAUCUCCAACCACCUCCCUCUCCAUACCUACUGCUUCGAGCACCUCUCUGAGUUCUCUGAUAGACCUUGUUUGAUCGUCGGUUCCACCGGGAAAUCCUUUACUUUUGCUGAAACCCACCUCAUAUCGCAGAAGGUUGCAGCUGGGUUAUUUAAUCUUGGCAUCAGGAAAGGAGAUGCCAUCAUGAUUCUUCUCCAAAACUGCGCGGAGUUCGUCUUCUCCUUCAUCGGCGCUUCUAUGCUCGGAGCAGUUACCACCACUGCUAACCCGUUCUACACUUCGGCCGAGGUUUUCAAGCAAUUCAGGGCGUCCAGAGCUAAACUGAUCAUUUCCCAGUCUCAGUACGUGGACAAGCUUCGGGAACCCGGUGAGGACUACCCGAAACUCGGGGAAGAUUUUACAGUGAUCACGGUGGAUGAUCCGCCGGAGAAGUGUUUGCACAUCUCGGUUCUCUCCGAGGCCAACGAGAGCGAAAUUCCAACAGUUUCAAUCGACCCGGAAGACCCGGUGGCGCUACCAUUCUCCUCGGGGACAACUGGACUUCCCAAAGGAGUAGUUCUCACCCAUAAGAGCUUGAUAACAAGCGUAGCUCAGCAGGUCGACGGAGAGAACCCGAACCUGUACUUGAAGCCGGAAGACGUCGUGUUAUGCGUGCUUCCUCUGUUCCACAUAUACUCAUUGAACAGUGUUCUUCUCUGCUCUCUCAGAGUUGGAGCUGCGGUUUUGCUGAUGCAGAAAUUCGAGAUAGGUUCUUUAUUGGAGCUGAUACAGCGGCAUCGGAUUUCGGUGGUGGCAGUGGUGCCGCCACUGGUGCUGGCGCUGGCAAAGAACCCUAUAGUGGAUAAGUUCGACCUUAGCUCCAUUAGAGUGGUGUUGUCUGGGGCGGCGCCGCUGGGGAAGGAGUUGGAGGAGGCUCUCCAGAGCAGGAUUCCUCAAGCCAUUUUUGGCCAGGGAUAUGGGAUGACAGAGGCAGGGCCGGUGCUAUCGAUGUGCCUUGGGUUCGCAAAGCAGCCAUUUCCAACCAAGUCAGGCUCAUGCGGCACAGUGGUUAGAAAUGCAGAGCUCAAAGUCAUUGACCCUGAAACUGGUUCCUCCUUUGGCUUUAAUCAACCUGGCGAGAUUUGCAUUCGUGGAUCUCAGAUUAUGAAGGGAUAUUUGAACGAUCCUGAGGCCACAGCAAGCACCAUAGAUGAUGAAGGUUGGCUCCACACAGGUGACAUAGGCUACGUAGAUGAUGACUACGAGAUUUUCAUUGUUGACAGAGUGAAGGAGCUCAUCAAAUUCAAAGGCUUCCAGGUGCCCCCAGCUGAGCUUGAGGCCCUUCUAGUCAGCCACCCAUCAAUUGCGGAUGCAGCUGUUGUACCGCAAAAAAAGGACGUCGCCGGGGAGGUUCCGGUUGCAUUCGUGGUCCGAUCAAAUGGGUUUGAACUUACUGAAGAAGCAGUGAAAGAAUUCGUAGCAAAAGAGGUGGUGUUUUACAAGAGACUGCACAAGGUCUACUUUGUUCAUGCAAUUCCAAAGUCUCCUUCUGGAAAAAUUCUGAGGAAAGAUCUUAGAGCCAAGUUGGCUACAUCUUCUCCUCUGCCUUAAAACCCUCUUUCUCGAUUAAUUAGCUUUCGAUCCGCAUUGAGAGGGAAUUCUCUAUCUUACCUUCAUCACAACAGGACAGAGAAGUCAUCAUCCAUAUCCAAGCAAUGCUAUUUUUCUUUCUCUUUUCUUUUUCUUUUUUAUUUUUCUCUUUAUUUUCAUGCAAUGUGCUGUAAUUUUGAAGUGUAGUGACUACAUUGUUUUUUCAUAAUAAAAAGUGAAUAAGGUAUUUUUUGCU